CAAAAAAUGGAAAUAAAACCAACGCCAUCGCCUCCAGAAGAGCGCACAAUAUACGUGGCCAAUUUUUCAGAAGAAGUCGAUGAAGAAUUGCUCGAAGAGCUUUUUAUUCAAGCCGGCCCCGUUGUAAAAGUUAUUCUGAGAGAUGUGAGGGAUUCUAAUGCAAAAUUCGCAUUGGUGGAGUUUGAGGACGAAUUAUCUGUACUAUUCGCCAUUGAAUUGAUGAAUGGAGUGCGACUUUUCAAUCAAGAACUACAAGUAAAGCCGCGAAAUGGCACAAAUCAGGAGGAAUUAUAUAAGCGAAAAAAAGGAGAAAUCGAGGAAAGAGUUCGAUCGGUAGCGGCACCGGAUCGAGACGGAAGACGGGAUAGCUAUAGAGAUGAUCGGAACAGGAAUAGAAACGGAAACAACCGUGACUCAUGGCAGCAGCAGCAGCCUCCUCGUCAUCAUCGACAAUAUGAUCCUCUUCCACCUCCACCGCCACCUCCACUGAUGGGAGGAUCCGGAGGACAUUGGAGAAGCGGAGGGGAAAGAGGUCCUCCACAAUAUUCGACUCCGCAAAUGCUUCCUCAUCAACAUUUUGUAAAUCAAAUGAUGCAGCAACAAAUUAAUAGAUCCGCUCCUCCGUACAAUGGACGUCAUCAGAAUUCCACGCCACACCGUCAUCACGAUCGUCAUGGAUAUGACCGAAGCUCGAGCCGGCAUCAUCGCAAUGAUGACAGAAGACGUGAACGUUAUUGAUCGAUGAUUCGGGCGGGAAAUCAUAAUUAUUUUGAUCUUUUUCACUUGUUUUGCCAUGUUUUUUGGUCUCAUUUUAUAUAUUUAAUAAAAGCAAACACAAUUUG